GGCGCGCUGGCUGGCGGCUGGGCAGGGGGCCGGGCAGGAGUCGGAGCAGCACUGCCGCCUCUGGCGCGCCAGGGCUCAGGCGCCUCCUCCCGCCCCCAGUCACUGUGGCUCGGCGCACGCGGCCGGCGGCGCUGCCCUCCGCGACUCCGGGGAAGGCAAUCCGCGGGGCUCCGCGGCGCCGGCACCAUGGCCACGGGGCGCAGGGGCUGGGACAGCUCCCACGAGGACGACCUGCCCGUGUACCUGGCCAGGCCGGGCACCACCGACCAGGUCCCGCGGCAGAAGUACGGCGGCAUGUUCUGCAGCGUGGAGGGCGCCUUCGAGAGCAAGACGCUGGAUUUCGAUGCCCUGAGCGUGGGGCAGCGGGGCGCCAAGACGCCGCGGAGCAGCCAGGGCCGCGGCGCGGGCAGCCGGGCCGGGGACGAAGCGGAGACCGUGGCGCGCAGGGGCCAAGGCCGGGAGGAGAGCCGGGAGCCCGCGCCCGCGCCGCCCGCGCCCGCCGGGGUGGAGAUCCGGACUGCUACCGGCAAGGAAGUGUUGCAGAACCUAGGUCCCAAGGACCAGAGUGACCGUCUCCUCAUCAAGGGAGGCAGAAUUGUCAACGAUGACCAGUCCUUUUAUGCUGAUAUUUACAUGGAGGAUGGCUUGAUAAAGCAAAUUGGAGACAACCUGAUUGUCCCUGGAGGCGUGAAGACCAUAGAGGCCAAUGGGAAGAUGGUGAUCCCUGGAGGCAUUGAUGUGCACACUCAUUUCCAGAUGCCCUACAAGGGGAUGACCACAGUGGAUGACUUCUUCCAGGGCACAAAGGCUGCCCUCGCGGGUGGCACUACCAUGAUCAUUGAUCACGUGGUACCCGAGCCUGAGUCCAGCCUGACCGAAGCCUAUGAGAAGUGGCGCGAGUGGGCUGACAGCAAGAGCUGCUGCGACUACGCCUUGCACGUGGACAUCACCCACUGGAAUGACAGCGUCAAGCAGGAAGUGCAGAGCCUCAUCAAGGACAAAGGAGUUAACUCCUUCAUGGUGUACAUGGCCUAUAAGGAUCUGUAUCAAGUGUCCAACACAGAGCUCUAUGAGGUCUUCACCUGCCUGGGAGAACUGGGAGCCAUUGCUCAAGUCCAUGCUGAGAAUGGGGAUAUCAUUGCCCAGGAGCAAUCCCGGAUGUUGGAAAUGGGAAUAACUGGCCCAGAGGGCCAUGUGCUGAGUAGACCAGAGGAGCUGGAAGCCGAGGCUGUGUUCCGAGCCAUCACCAUCGCCAGCCAAACCAACUGUCCACUCUACAUCACAAAAGUCAUGAGCAAGAGUGCAGCUGAUCUCAUCUCUCAAGCCAGGAAAAAAGGGAAUGUGGUCUUUGGCGAACCCAUCACUGCCAGCCUGGGAAUAGAUGGAACCCAUUACUGGAGCAAGAACUGGGCUAAAGCAGCUGCAUUUGUGACAUCCCCACCUCUGAGCCCUGACCCCACCACUCCUGACUACAUCAACUCCUUGCUGGCCAGUGGGGAUCUGCAGCUCUCUGGCAGUGCCCACUGCACCUUUAGCACUGCCCAGAAAGCCAUUGGGAAAGACAACUUCACAGCCAUUCCUGAGGGCACCAACGGGGUCGAGGAGCGAAUGUCUGUCAUCUGGGACAAGGCUGUGGCCACAGGGAAAAUGGAUGAAAACCAGUUUGUGGCUGUGACAAGCACAAAUGCUGCCAAGAUCUUUAACUUGUAUCCUCGUAAGGGCCGGAUAUCUGUGGGCUCUGACAGUGACCUGGUCAUCUGGGAUCCAGAUGCUGUGAAAAUCGUCUCUGCCAAGAACCACCAGUCGGCUGCAGAGUACAACAUCUUUGAAGGCAUGGAGCUGCGUGGGGCACCCUUGGUGGUCAUCUGCCAGGGCAAGAUCAUGAUGGAAGACGGCAAUCUGCAUGUGACCCAGGGAGCUGGCCGCUUCAUCCCCUGCAGCCCCUUCUCUGACUAUGUCUAUAAGCGCAUCAAAGCCAGGAGGAAGAUGGGAGACCUGCACGCAGUCCCAAGGGGCAUGUACGAUGGGCCGGUGUUUGAUCUGACCACCACCCCUAAAGGAGGGACUCCCGCCGGUUCUACCCGGGGCUCUCCCACUCGGCCGAAUCCACCUGUGAGGAAUUUGCAUCAGUCAGGAUUCAGCCUGUCAGGCACCCAAGUGGAUGAGGGCGUCCGCUCUGCCAGCAAGCGCAUUGUGGCGCCCCCUGGAGGCCGCUCUAAUAUCACAUCUCUGAGUUAAGCAACUCCUUCCCAAAGAGGAGGGGAGGAGCAGGUGCAAAGAAGCAAGAAGAGAUUGUUUUGAAGCCAAAAUGGUCCACACCAUUAUUUAAGAAGCAAAGUACAUCCAAACGGUUGUGAUCUAAAGAAUCAAGAAGCCUCAAGCCUUAUGUUUAUCCAUGUUACGCUUGCUUGCCUAGCUUUACCAAUAUUGCUUUGUUUUUCUGUUUAUGCAUAGCCUUGAUUUGUUUGACCCCUUUCCCCCACUGACAUGCAUGCAAUCAGACAGGCCACUAAGGUAAAGAGUCUGCUAUCCCAUAGUGUUGAGAGCGUGUGUAGUGCUACAUCAUAUGACAAAGGGACAGACAAAGCUGGGAGGUCAGGGACACGAUUAAAAGCCACACAGGUUAUUUGGGGUGAGUGGGUGGUAGGAGCUCCAAGCAAGGCAGAGGGUGAAGAAGGGCUGGGGUGGGGCUUGUAGGAGGGAGGUGGGUGGGCUGGCUGAGCAGCAGUGUUGUGGGCAUUGUGUUGAGGACAUGUUAUUAAUUUCCAUGGAAGAUGGCUACUUGUGGCUGCCCUUGCUUAACUGGGGACCUCUGGGGGUCCCUCCAAGAAGGCAGGUAGUCUUUGCAUUCUGGAACUUGUCUCACAUCCCUUCCUAGUAGAUUUCAUUUCUUUGAACGCUUUAUUGAUA